ACACAAGGUUGGCGGCCGAGAGCGUUUGCUUUAGUGUCAGGUGAUGCCGGAAGUGACGCGCUGUUGAUGGCCCGGCAGGUGGGAGGAGGACCAAUGGCCGCUAGUGGCUUCAGGACGGCGGUUGGGCGUGCACUAAAAUCCAGAUUUUUGGGGAUAGCGUCAAACAGACCCAAUCAGCAGGAAUGCAUGGAUAAUUAAAGCUUCCAAAAAUGAGUCGUGAAUUGUUACCCUUCUUCUGGGAUCCACAAUUUGAGGACAAUAGAAGAAUCCAGGGUUGGAAUGCCUUACUCUUGCUCUUUGAAGCUGCACUGAGUGUCAGCUUGGUUUAUCUACCUUGAAGAGCAAAUCAAUGCACAGCUUGAAGAGAGGGCAUAGGAUGUUGCCGUGCCUGGACCAAUGAUCAGAGCACACACCACAGCAGGCUGUAUUCUGAAACCUAAAACAGCCCCGUAUACAUCCAUUCAUGAAUCUGUGACGUCAGUAGUGUCUGUGUUCUCCUUUGCAGCGGGGUUGCAGGAUUGUGUGGGUGGAAUUUCCUUGCUGUAUUUUGCAGAUCAGGUUUGGGUUUCGUUUUUUCUGCCGUCCACAUCAUAACGCAUGAAAAUGGAGCAGGAUUGUAGAAAUUACUCACCACCAAAUUGCUGAAAAAAAGAAGUACCAGAAGUGACAAAAACAAAUGUCAGGCAAAUGCCUUGGACCUAAUAGUUCUGGCUCCACUUCAUUUUUAACGCUCCCAUCCUAAGUUACAACAUAGUGUUUUCCUGAGUUUGUUGCUGAAAUUGGAAAUACAUGUAAAGCUCUAUUUUUGAUAUUGUGCCUAGAAUAAAAGACGAGUGUAACAAAACAAAACAAAAAGGUGUUGUGGCCACUUUCUACACUGGGAGUGAGCACUGGUGUUUGUUAGAGCAAUAUCUUUGACUGUCAACUCCAUGCACACCCACAGUACAAUGACCAGUUCUCAGGAGCCCCUGAGCUGGUCUUCCUCUACGACUGUGAUCGCCAAGACCCUCAAUGAAGAUAAAGAUUUCGCUAGGAUGCAUGGGGAACAUAUACCCAGUGGUCUCCAUCCUUCAUCUGAGAUCAUAGAAGACGUACGAGACAAGGGCUUACUUCAUAGCAAUGCAUCAGAGAACAUGAGCAGUCCAGUUGCCACAACAGUAUUGACCAGUGUAAGUGAGGAUUCCAGGGACCAGUUUGAAAACAGCGUGCUACAGUUAACGGAACAGGAUGAAUUGGAAACUACCGCUCAUCAGGGCACCAAUGAUAAUAUACCUGGAGAGACCAACAAUGGAACAGAAGAUAUCAAGAUCCAGUUCAACAGAUCAAGUAGUGGAAAUGGUGGAUUUCUUGAAGGACUCUUUGGUUGUUUGAAGCCUGUAUGGAAUAUUAUAGGGAAAGCUUACUCCACUGACUACAAGCUGCAGCAACAAGAUACAUGGGAAGUUCCUUUUGAGGAGAUUUCUGAACUUCAGUGGUUGGGCAGUGGAGCGCAAGGAGCUGUUUUCUUAGGGAAAUUCAGAGCAGAGGAGGUGGCCAUCAAGAAAGUGAGAGAACAGAGUGAAACAGAUAUCAAGCACUUGAGGAAGUUGAAGCAUCCCAACAUCAUUGCUUUCAAGGGUGUUUGUACUCAGGCACCGUGCUACUGUAUAAUAAUGGAGUACUGUGCUCAUGGACAGCUGUAUGAAGUGUUGCGAGCCGGUAGGAAGGUCACACCUCGCCUGCUUGUGGACUGGUCAACAGGGAUUGCUAGUGGAAUGAACUAUUUACAUCUUCAUAAAAUCAUCCACAGAGACCUCAAGUCACCCAAUGUAUUAGUUACUCACAAUGAUACAGUAAAAAUUUCAGAUUUUGGUACUUCUAAAGAACUCAGCGAUAAGAGUACAAAAAUGUCCUUUGCAGGGACUGUAGCUUGGAUGGCGCCAGAGGUGAUUCGCAAUGAACCUGUCUCUGAAAAGGUGGAUAUUUGGUCAUUUGGAGUAGUUUUGUGGGAGCUUCUCACUGGAGAGAUUCCAUAUAAGGAUGUUGACUCCUCAGCCAUCAUCUGGGGGGUAGGCAGUAAUAGCUUGCACCUUCCUGUGCCCUCCACUUGCCCAGAUGGAUUCAAGAUCCUUAUGAAGCAAACAUGGCAAAGCAAGCCCCGGAAUCGGCCCUCUUUUCGACAGACACUUAUGCACCUUGACAUUGCAUCUGCUGAUGUGUUGGGAACCCCUCAAGAGACUUAUUUCAAGUCUCAGGCUGAAUGGAGAGAAGAAGUAAAGAAGCACUUUGAGAAGAUUAAAAGUGAAGGAACUUGCAUACACCGGUUAGAUGAAGAACUUAUUCGUCGCAGAAGAGAAGAGCUCAGGCAUGCCUUGGACAUUCGUGAACAUUAUGAGAGAAAACUGGAGAGAGCCAAUAAUUUGUACAUGGAGCUCAGUGCCAUCAUGUUACAGCUGGAGGUUCGAGAAAAGGAGCUCAUCAAACGGGAGCAAGCUGUGGAAAAGAAAUAUCCUGGGACUUACAAGCGUCACCCAGUCCGACCAAUAAUCCAUGCCAAUGCAAUGGAAAAAUUGAUGAAGAGGAGAGGAGUCUCGCACAAGCCUGGAGGCCAGACUAAACGGCCUGACUUGCUGAAGAUGGAUGGCAUAUCCAGCACUGAAGUGGCUCCUAGUGGCUCUCCCCUUUCAGGAAGUCCAAAGAUGUCAACCCUCAGUAACAAAGGACGUUACCGUAGCAAACCACGCCACCGGCGAGGAAACAGCAAAGGCAGCUACAAUGAUUUCACAGGGAUCUUGAAAAAUCAGUCAGCUCAAGAUGACUUGGCCCAUCCAUCUCACCAUCAUCAGCACCACCCCCAUCAUCAUGGGCAUCACCCCCGAAUGAACAUCCAUGGGCAGGACAUUGCCAACUGUGCUAACAACCUUCGAUAUUUUGGCCCUGCUGCAGCCCUACGUAGUCCUCUUAGUAAUCACGCCCAAAGGAGGAUGUCUGGUUCUAGUCCCGACCUUAUCUCUGCUGCUAUGGAAGCUGAUUCACGGAGAAAUCUGGAGGAGAACGAGAACGGGGAGGGUGAGGCUAAUCAUUGGGAAUGUUGUAAAGGAGAUACAUACAACCUUUGCCCACAGUGCAGGAUGGGGACAAAUACUGCAAAUCAAGGACAGUCACUUGAGCCAGGGCUGGAGAAGUCUGAAGCACCAUUGCAUGCAAAUAAGCAAUUUCCUGGAAAUAAUGAGGAAGGUGAAUUCAGCACCCACAGACCAGUGUCUUCUCUUGGCUCAUCUCAUCCUGCAAGUACUCCAGGACUGCCGGGUAAAACACGACCCAUCCCAAAGAGUGGAGAUGACUCUUCAGAAGAAGAAGAAGGGGAAGUAGAUAGUGAAGUGGAAUUCCCACGGAGACAGAGAACCCGAGGUCAUCCAAUGAAGCUGAAUGUUGGAAGAUUCAGGACAGACAAAAGGAGGCCGCAUCGCUGCAUUAGCAGCUGCCAGUCUUACUCGACCUUCAGCUCUGAGAACCUCUCUGUGUCUGAUGGAGAGGAAGGGAAUACCAGCGACCAUUCCAACAGCCCAGACGAGCUGGCCAACAGGCGUAAAGAUCAACGGGCUGAGAAGCUGGAUGAGAUGUUGUCACAGACUCCAGAAAUCCCCAUUGAGAUAUCUACCCAGUCUGAUGGCCUUUCAGAUAAGGAGAGUGCUGUACGCAGGGUGAAAACACAGAUGUCACUUGGCAAGUUAUGUCCAGAGGAACGUGGCUAUGAGAAUCCUGGAGAGUUUGGAGAAUCAGGUGGUGACUCUUCAGAUGCAGAAUGCUCUGAUGCAACAGUGAGGACCACUAAAGCCUGCAGCUCUGCAACUUGGUAAAGAUGUAUCUCCUCCCUCCUUCAGUCGUUUGAUCAACUGGCAUUUUGAUUCCCCCAAGAAUCCCCUCUUCAUUCCUCUGAGAAGCUGUAUCUCCACCCCAUCAUCCAGAUGAUCUGCAAUAACUUGAAUCUUUGGAGAAAUGUUCUGAUGAAUUGGUUUCUCGGCGAGCAUUUCAAUCACGAAUGGCAGGGAUGUAUUUUAUUGAAUAAUUGAGCUAUUGUAUCAUAUUUUUGGCAUUUUAACACUUUUUACUCUGAAGAGUGAACUGUAUCCAUAGACAAAAUAAUUGAUUGCAGAAAGAAGUUCAGAAGACUAGCCUAUGAAGGACAACAAUCUUUUUGAGUCUUAGACAGCAUGCAUAAGGCUAGGAUCUGAUGCUACUUUUGACAUGGGACCAGGCCAUGCGGCUCUGAAAGACCGGAAAUGAAGGAAGUUAACUCAAUGACUUGAUCACAUCCAGUGAAGCAGUGGAUCAGGUAAACUGUGAACAAAUGCCAUCAGUGUAACCAGCGUAACUUUUUCAAUAGGAACUUGUUCACAUUCCUGGAAAGGUGUAUCUUGAGUCACUGCUCCCCUAGCAUGUGAGAGUGGGAAGUAAUUGUGUUUUUUAAUUGGCAUUUGGUUGGUUGUGACAUCCUGCUGCUGUAUUCUAGCCUCAGCCUCUCUCCAGCAUCUUCCAGCAUCACUAUGCCACUGUGAGAUCAGGAGACACAGCAUGGAGUGGCUGUUGAAUAGAGAGAAAUUGAGAUGCUGUUUUUCUAAGUUACCUUCCUCUCCAUUCCAACCUGCCUUUUGUUUGCUUCCUUCAAUGAAAAAUGAAUCGAUCAAAUUAGUGAAGAUCAAGAACUCACAAGCCAUGGAAAAGCACAUUCUGUACAUCCUGAGGACUAUCCUGAAGGAAGAAACUGGAAAUUUUCCUACUAUAAGUCGAACACCGUAAGGGAGUAUUGUACUUGGAUGAAGCCAAGGGAAUAGUCUGGCCUGAACCAAACAAGUGGCCUCUGCUUGUUUAGUGGUGUGACUGGUGGAAAGUAACAUUGAAAUGUGAUGAUGAGUAGAGAAUGCCCUUCAUCUUGGGUCUGAGGGAGCCUAAGCCAUAUUUUCAUAUUGAUGGAUUUUGGAUUGGAGAGGGUCCAAGACUAUUGCCUUUCCUAAUUGAAUGGUUUCCCACUUUCCUUCUGCAAUACCUCAUUUUUCCUGAGCAACUUCCUGAGGUUUAUAACCAUGGCUCCUUUAAUCCAACGGAAGCAAAACAGAAACACUAAAAUGUUCUAUUUUGGUUUUAUAGCCAAAGUUCUGCCAGUAAUUUUGGCUGUGCCCUCAAUUUGUUUCUAGUUAAUUACAUUCAGGGAAGAACGGUUCAUUGUCUUGAGUGUAAAAUUGUAUCCUAGCAGUUUCCAUAUUUAUAGUAGUGAGUAGCAGUUGCACCCCGCACUCUCCACCCCCAAAAUGAAGGGCAAAGAUGGGUUGCAUGCUGUUUGUUUACAUUUGAUUUGAUUUUUUUUAAUUGUCUAGUGGCAAAAUGAAGGGAAAUUCUUUACUUAUACAGAGAGCAGUAUUGUAUGAGUUAAAUUAUUCCAUAUUUUAAAAUUAUGUAGCUGGACUACAUGAAUCUUAAGUUAUGUCAUUAUUUAUUUUAAUUUCUAUAGAUUAAAGGCAGGGUUUAUUGUAGCACAACAUAUUGGUGGUCCCUGUUCAGUUGCUUCAUGGCUACUUAUCCCAGGAGGAGGAGCCAAGGUGUUUUCUUAAUGUUGUGACCUAAUAAUGUGUUAUAGGCCAUGCUUAUCUUGCUGGCUGCAGCAGCCUACUGACACUAGGACGGGGAGUAGGCCCCUACAAGCAAAUUAAAGCAGUCCUGAGCUGCAUGUGCAUGGAGUGUGACAUGGUUAGGAUGCAGAGCUAAGACCUCCUGGCAUGCUUUAGCCUCCCAACUGCAGUCCCAAACAUUGUGAUAUAUCAGAAUGAAACAACAACAAAAAAGCAAAUAAGCCCUGUUCACUUGAAAUUGAACAAGAAUUCCUUAAGCUUAAUAUGCUUACACUAAACUGAUCUGAGCUGUGCCCACUCUGAAGGAAAUUCUGUCUGGUCACUUGUACUCCUUAAGGGUGAGUUACCUUUAUUGGGGGACACCCACAGAUGCUGUUUAUUCCACACUUCAAUAAAUACCAUUCCAUUGGUGUAUGGACCAAGCUGUUGGGGAAGCAGCACAUUAUUGCACCUGUCAAGUCCACCACAGACACCUAGCUUGGUGCUUCUUCUGGGAAGCAAGUCUUUCUUGGCAUGAUCCAAACUAUCAGUACAACUACCUUGCAGCCUUUGUUUCUCCUUUGAGUUUCACCACAUUCUUCCUGGCCCCUGUGGACAAUUACUUUGCUUUGCUUUUACUCUUCUCCUUUCUUUGGCAAUCACUCAUAGCCGAGUUAAGAUUGUCUUCCAUGAAUAUGGUCUUAACAGUGUGUCCGUAGUGUGCUAUUACUAACACUCUCAUGUUUAUGGGUACCUUUGAGUACUGUUGUUUGGAUGAUCUCUGAAUUGGAAACUGUCUGCUUCACUAAUGGAAUCAGACAAUUUGGCAAUAAAGACACUCUUUCUCCCCUCCCAGCUCAGCCCAGCAUAAAGACUCCAGUUUAACAGCUGGUAGCUCACUUUAUAGCCCAGUUAGCUGACUAUGCUCUUGAAAAGUUCAUUUUUCGCAAUAAGACAAAGUGGGGGAUGGUGUCAAGAAUGACAAGUAGCUGCAUGAUGCUUUUCCCAUAUGAAGCACUUGGUAUUGUUAGCCCACUGCGGUCUUCAUCUCUUUUCUAGGGCAAGAAGCAUUAGUUUGAAAUGCCUCAGAUAUAUAAUGUAGAACUGUCAGCUUUAAAGCAUAACUUCUCAGGGUCUUGGGCAAAGGAAAGUCCUGUGAUCUUUUAAUUAGAGGUAUUGAGCCUGGAUUCUUAGGCAUUCAACGUAUGUGCUCUUGCACUAAAGUACAACCUCUCCCCAGAGUCUUUAACAUUAGUGAAAAUGUGUCUGAUUUAAUGGCCUCUUGUGUCUGUUAUUGGUUGUUUCUUUUGGUAUUUGCACACAGCCUGCAUCUGUAGAUGUCAUCCUGCAGUUAUAGUAUGUUGAAGGAAUAUGUAAAGGUUUAAGGAAAAUUCAUUCAAAGGACAUGCUCUCUCCUCAUAAAUGUGUGUGUCCUGUGCUUUCCUUUCCAUUUUAAAAAAUCCAGUUUUGCUUUGAUCCCCAAAGAGCUAUUGAAAUAAAGGGGCAUUAAUUUAAGGCAGCUAGUAAAUUGGUGGUUAUGAAAAUCAGGUGUUAACAACUAGCAACUUGUGCUUUGGUGUGUCUAAUAUUUAAUUGUAGAAUAUUCAAAACUGGUAUUUGUGAUUUGUGCCAUUGAGAGAAUUCUUCCAGAGCCAUUUCCUCUUUCUUCAAUUAAGUUGGAACAGGUUUUGCUCAACUGAAAGUCAUUUUUAAAAGAGCUGAAAAUGUAAUCAGAAAUAAGAUUAAUCAUCUCAUAUUUUCCCCAUGCCUUUUGUUAUCAGCUCUCAACUUUUGGGUACUCUUAAAUGCACAAAUAUUUUUUGUAAAUUUAGACAAUUCUAGCAAAUUUCAGGACUGUGGAGAGAUCCAAGAGAGGGGAAAAUCAAGCUAGGCCACCCAAGUUUUCUAAGUUAGAGAGCUGUGAUAUUGUUUAUAUAGUUAACUGAGGGCUGGGCUAUAUGUUAUGACCACCAGGAUAAUGGCUGAAAAUACCAGACUAGUGCUGAGUUUCUCCCUAGUGUUGCAAUGUCUAGGGGCACUCAUCACAUGAUACAGCAUCAUCAUAUUGUGAGUUUCCUAGUCCACACUCCAUGUAAUUGCCACUGCUGGGAACAGAGCAUCUCAUGUGAUCAUGCUGUUUCAUGCAGGGAGGGGCCGAAUUUGCCCCAGUGACGCCAUAGCAUGUAGCCUGGCCCUAAGCAGAGACAUGGUGUUGUACUAUUGUAUUACAAAAAUGCUGUAAAUGUUGUGCCUCAAAAAGAUAGACUUAUUAACCCUAGAAUAUGGAUGGUGAACUGUGCUCCAAAAUUAUAUUGGUUUAACAGAGGUGAGAUUUUAAAUGGUUGAUGUUCUCUUAGAGUAUGCAGGUUAUGUUUUUAAGUCUCUCUCUUAAAUGUGAGGGCUAAGUCCUUUUUAAUGUGGAAACAGACUCUCAGGUAUUUGUGUGACUUUGGGCUCUAAAAAGCCUGCUUUGUUCUGUAGGUCUAAUAAAAGGUACUGACUAUAUACCUACUUUCUUCUCUGGGAACAACACUCCAAAGCAUUAAAUAUUAACAGACACAGGCAAAACUAUAGUAGCUGGAAAUACUAGUACAGAGAAACACACACUUUAAUUGUCCUUUUCCCUAGAAAGCAGUGUCAAGUUUACUGGCAGAAAGGGGUAGGUAGCCACCAUGCUUCUUCCACACAUUACGUUGCUUUUGUGUUCAAGGAGCAAGCAGCACAAGAAAUGCUUUCUUGGCACCAACAAAACAGUGCAUUUUUGUUGUAGUUUAGGAAAGUAGUUCAGUCUUUGUGCAAACACUCUGUUAGCAUCUUAGGGGUGUCAGUGGAAUGGAUGGCCUUGUGCUGCAGAGUCUAGAUUUAGUUCUUAGAACAAAGUUCCCUUUAACUGAAAGCCAUAAACCCAACAAAUCAUGUCAUCCAGAUUAUGAGACAGUAUUGCCAUGUGUGCAAUCCUCAGUGAUUAACCUUUUGGCUGUGUUUUUACUAUUCUGUGCCAAUGGCAUUACAACAUUAUAUCUGCCUGAUUAAGGGUUUGCUAAUAACGGGAUAGCAAUCUGCAGUAUGUGUACAAUAAGCAAUGCAAACCAGAGAGAACUCAAGGCAAGUUGCUUAAUUAGGUUCUAGUCACGACUCAUAAUGCAUUCUUAACUACUGGGUGCAGCUAUGGCACAAUCAGUGUGGUGGCUAAUGGGAGUUAAUGGUUUUACAUGUCAUUUGAAACAAUCAUUUCAUAUGCUGUUUUUUUUCUCCCUACUCUAUGGCUUCCUGAAGCAAACUUGAUUUGUUUUGUUUUGUAUUGAACAGUGUAUAACAAUUGGGAACAAGACUGACUAUCAAAAACAGAUGCAUGGAAUAAAAAGCCAGUGUACCUCAA